AUGGCGGAGCACAAGGAGGAGCCGGUGGCGGAGUCCAUGAUGGACAAGAUCUCCGACAAGUUCCACGGCGGCGGGGACUCCUCGUCGUCAUCCUCGGACUCGGACGACGAGAAGAAGGGGUCGGCGGCGGGCGUCAAGGCCAAGAUCUACCGCCUCUUCGGCCGCGAGAAGCCCGUCCACGCCGUCCUCGGCGGCGGCAAGCCUGCUGAUCUUGUUCUAUGGAGGAACAAGAAGAUCUCAGGAGGGGUGCUUGCUGGCGCUACGGCCAUCUGGCUGCUGUUCGAGAUCAUGGAGUACCAUCUGCUCACCUUGGUGGGCCACUGCCUCAUCCUCUCCCUGGCAACCCUCUUCCUCUAUUCCAAUGUCUGCAUUUUCAUCCACAAGUCUCCCCCGAACAUCCCUGAGGUGAAAAUUCCAGAGGACAUGACUGUAAACAUUGCACUAUCACUGCGGCAUGAGAUCAACCGGGGCUUCUUCACCUUGAGAGAGAUUGGUCAUGGUCGUGAUCUGAAGAAAUUCCUCAUUGUGAUCGGAGGGCUCUGGGUUCUUUCUGUUCUUGGGAGCUGCUGCAACUUUUUGACAUUGUCAUACAUAGUCUUUGUGGUGCUGUACACUGUGCCAGUUCUGUAUGAGAAGUACGAUGACAAGGUUGAUGCUUUUGGUGAGAAGGCCAUGAUCGAAUUGAAGAAGUAUUAUGCCAUCUUUGAAGAGAAGGUCCUGUCGAAGAUCCCGAAGGAACAAGAAGCACUAGAUCACAAGAGUUACCCUGCCGCGUAUUGCCAUCUGUGUUAA